GGUGGCAGUAAAGCGCACAACGCUUGCCGUGCAUCACAUCACACGAAGUUGCGAGUGUCAUGGCGGCGCUCUGGCGGGCAUGCGACCGAGAUUGACAACAACAAAUGACUACAACUCUGAAAUUACGUCUAAAAUGAUCAUGAACAUUGUGACAAGAAGGACACAAUCUUAGCAGUUAUUUUUUGGAAAUGUUUGACAAUUUUGUGUAUUCACUAUGUAGAACUGUGGCUAGGGGGAAAUUAUUCGUUGUGACUUGUGAAUCGUCGUAGGUAGCCUAGGCUACUGUACUGUGCGAUCUGGCUGACAUCGAGAAGAAAUGGCAUUAGCAAACUUAUUUUCUAGCCCACCGGGUGAAGUGGAUUUUGAUAAAAUUGUGACGAAAACAAGGUCAGAACAGCCCCAUCACAACCGAAAGCCGACUGACUCGACCCCCAAGAACGAAAACUUCAACAAGAAAAGGAACAAAAAGAAAAGGAAACGAGGCCAGCCAACCGACAGUACAUGGACAAGGUGUGAAUUUCAAAACAAGAAAAAGUUCCAUGCUGUUUCACAUGAAUAUGAAGAUCAAACAGUUGAUAAUCAAAAGCUGAGCCAGCAUGGAAAACGCAUCAACACCACUGCUCUGUCAAGUCCGUCUGACAGACUUGGUGUGAAUGCUGAUGGUGGUUGGAAGAAUGAAUCAAAUGGUAAUGGUGAUGGAGGUAACAGAAGACAACAUGACAACAACAACAAGCACAGAAGAAAUCCCAAUGGCCCUAAUAUACAAGACGGUCAGUCGAGGCACGGGGGUAAAAACGUCACGUUUCAGGAGAAGAAACACGUAAACGCAACCAACAAACACCAAAGAAAUGCAUUCCAUCAAGGACCAGGAGCUGGUGGAAAGAAAGGAAGACACCAGCCGCGAAUGCAGAGAAGCCGUCCCAAAUGGGAGGAGAGGAAACCCUUCAUGACCCCAGAGUUCAAAGAGCAGAACUCCAUAGACGUGAACGGACGGCUCAUCUGCAAGCACUUUCUAGCAGACCGAUGCCUGAAGGGCGAAGGGUGCCAGUUUGAACACUCCCGUGACCUUGGCGGUUUCAAGUUCCAUGAAGUGUGCAAAUUCUACAUUCAGGGCUUUUGCAUGCGUGGAGACAGUUGCCUCUACAUGCACAGCGCUUUUCCCUGCAAGUUCUUCCACAGAGGGCGGGGGUGCCAGAAUCAGGACUCCUGCAGGUUCUCCCAUGCUCCCCUGACUGAGCUCACAGAGCGGAUCCUAGACAAGUUUCUUGAGGAGCUAAAGGCAAAACAUCAACCGUUGGAGCCAGAACCGGAGCCUGAGCCUGCAGCGGACCCCUUGGCCAACACAAAAACCUGUGAAGGCUUCCUGGCCAACACAAAAACGUUGAAUUUUUACAGUGCGGCCGAAAACUCUGAACCCGAGCCCGUGCGCCCCUUCAGUUUUGGAGCAAACAGCGCAGAGUUUCAACCCGAGCGUCCCGUCUCUGUCCUCAUCCCCGUCCCCAUCGCCGUCACCAUCUCCCAACAGCCAACACAAUCAGCGGACCACACAGACUCACCAGUGCAGAGUGGAGCUGCAUCGACAUCCGAGUCCCAAAUAUCCCUCGUGGAGCAAGGACCAGCUGAACAGCCAGAACGGCCAACUGCCAGCAACUCCACUGCUCGUCCAUCAUCCUCCUCUUCCCCCUCCUCCUCCUCAUCAGCAUCUAAAGAUGCACAAAACCUCCUCAGAGCAACUGCCAUUGAGAGGCCUCAAUCGCCAAGAACUCCAGAUCCUCCAUCGACUCCAUCAGUCCUGAGAAAUCUUUUCUCCCACCUGAGCCCGUGUCGAUCGGAUUAUGAUAAUGAUGAUGAUGAUGAUGAUGACAACGGCAACAUUGAUGGUGAAGAAGAUGAGAUGACGGUUAAGAUGAAGACGGAGCUGGAGGGAGAUGCAACCAGCAACUCAACUGACCCAGUUCCCCUGGUUGAUGCGACAACAUUCUGCACGGAGGUUCCCAGAGAACACGGCGGGGCGGGGAGCCACAGCAAAGCCUCAACACCAGCAGCCACAGAUCACCAGCUUGGCCUAAUGACAAAUCCGUUGCCAAAGGGCAGAAACUUGGUCCAGGAGCCCCAAAGACAUCAACACCUUGUGGUCCCCCCACCCUCCAAUCCCCCAGUCCCCUGCUCUACCCCCAUCGCAAGCCAUCUCAGAAAGUACAGGCCCCUAGCUGUGGACCUCUCGCCUCUUCCUUCUCUCUCCUUAACAGCCUACCACCAGACCCCUCAGCCUCAUGAUGCCACGCCGGGCCAUCUCACCUCUGUUGCGGACACUCAGGAGGCAGCGCCAGAGCAGUGUGUGGCUCGGUCCCAGGGGGCCGGGAUCAAAAAGACAUUAACGGGGGAGUUACAGGGCCGGCACAGUCUGCCAGUACAGAGCCUGAGCUGGGCAAACUCCUCGAAAUGCAAAGACCAAAAACGGCGCUGA